AUUUGCGGUGUGGGCCUGGAAUAUGUGGAAUCCUUGCGAUGCAGCUGCUAUUAUCUUGUUCCUGAUCGGUCUAUCGUUACGCUUUCGGCCGAACACUAUGGAUAUUGGGCGUGUGAUUUACUGUGUAGACAGUAUUUAUUGGUAUUUGCGAAUACUAAAUAUAUUGGGCGUUAACAAAUAUUUGGGUUUAUUAUCAGCCUUACUUCAUGUUGUAUGGUGAAGUGUUUGCCGAUGAUAUUGAUCCACCGUGCGGUGAAGAGCCUCAUCAGAAG